AUGACGCUCCCAAAUCGACCUGGUUACGUUCCAGGGCAGCAACGACGUGUUUACUCGGAUACGAAAGUGGCCGUGACGAUGAUACCCGGAGCACUACCACGUCGAGUACAAGGGGAAAAGCCAAUGGACGGGAGCGAUCCAGAGCCGAUGCAGCGGGAGCUAAAGGAGAUGCUGAAGUCGCUGGCUCCUGGACAUGAAGGAGCGAUGGCGAUGCAGUCGAUUCCGACCUCGGAAGAGAGUUUGGCGUACGUGGGGCACUGCCGCACGCAAUUGCUGGACGACCAGGUGUUCCAGGAGAGCGGGAGUUUCCAAGGACUGCUCAUGCUGGCCAACAAUUCGGUUCUGGACGUUGGGUCGAUUGCAGGUGAUCCCUUUGAUGCAGUGAUUGAGCAGAUGCCACCAAGUCCGUCACCUUUGCCAGUUCUUGGUGCGUCCAGCGAUGGAUACGAUGCUGGUGGUGACCCGAGUCGGGUGCAGUACAUGGAAGCAGACUGGUCGUUGCAGACCAUGGCCCGUGCAGCAAGUGAAGUGGUGAAGGACCCAACGGUCGGUGCUCGCUACGAGCAUGCAGCUCACCAGCUGCACGAAUGGGGUGAACGACGCAUGGUGCAGCAACAGCAGCUGCAAUCCCCACCGAGUUCGGCAAGUGCAGCUACGGGGGGCAGCUCGUUGCCAAUGUCGCUGGCGGGGAUCUCACCGUAUGCUAUGGAGCUCGCGGCUCGUAAUAAUUUGCCGAAGAAACGCUCGAGUCUCUCGAAAGUAUCCAAGAAGUUGAUGCACGACUGGUUUGAACACAACUUGCACCAUCCGUAUCCGACCGAAGAGGAGAAGGAUUGGCUUGCUCGAAGAGGGGGCAUCACGUUGGAGCAGGUCAACAACUGGUUCAUCAAUACUCGCGGGAGAAAGUGGAAGCCCAUGCUCAAUCGACUUAUGGCGGAGAAACAGGCGGGAGCUUGCAAGUUGUACGACCAAAUGGUGGAGAAGAUCGAGGAGCCUUACCACAAGUUCUAG